GGUGUUCGCUACACGGUGUUCGCUAACCCGGAGCCCAGUAACAAUACAUUACGUAACUUGCAGACGAAAUCGAGCCCGACUUACCUGUGAUUAACGGGAACUCAUCAUGAUAACGUAUACCUGAUGGUUGAUGGUGUUGUUUAAAGGCUGUGAAAGGGAUUAAAAAAAAUGGAGUUUGUCAUAGGAGCAACAGCAGCUUGUGGGGCAUGUAUUUUCUCCAACCCCAUGGAUGUGCUCAAGACACGCAUGCAAUUACAAGGGGAACUAAAGGCUAGAGGGCAGUACACUAUUAUUUACAAGAACAUAAUUCAUGCUGGCAUUGCUGUAGCAAAGGCUGAUGGGAUAUCAGGACUCCAGAAGGGUCUAUUGCCAGCUCUUUCAUAUCAGGUAGUUAUGAAUGGAAUGCGCUUUGGACUGUACAGAAGGAUCCUCGACUCAGGAAUCAUAUCUCAUGCUGACGGUAGUGUGUCAACGCUGGGUUGCAUUGCAGCUGGAGCUUUUGUGGGCGUGGUUGGUGGUGUUGUUGGCAGCCCUUUUUAUCUUGUGAAGACUCACCUACAAUCACAUGCAGCUGAAUCAAUUGCUGUGGGUCACCAGCACAAGCAUGAAGGAUUCUUAUCUGCACUGCACAAAAUUUUCAAUCAAGAAGGUGUCAGAGGAUUAUGGAGAGGAGCAACCACCUCCAUACCUAGAGUCGGUGUUGGUUCAGCUGCACAGCUCUUUUCUUACUCAAAAAGCAAGGAUUGGCUCGACCAUUAUGGGUUGUAUCCACGAGACAGUUGGCAAAGUACAUUUGUUGGUGCUAUGGUUAGCGGUUUAGUGAUUGCGUCAUUCAUGAGUCCCUUUGAUGUUACUGCAACAAGAAUUUAUAAUCAAGGCCUGGACAAGCAUGGCCGUGGGUUGCUCUACAAGGGCAUCACGGACUGCAUAGUGAAGAUCUACAAGACAGAAGGUGUUUGGGGAUUCUACAAGGGCUGGUCCGGUAUUUACUUCAGGAUUGGUCCACACAGCUUCCUCAAUCUCAUGUUUUGGGAUCAUCUCCAGAAGCUCUUUCUAAAAUACAGGGAAGAACAUGAUGCCGAUAAGAAUGGAUCAUGACCUUGAAAGUGAGUUUAUUGCUGCAGGUAAUAGUAUAGUAGUUAGAAGUUAUUAUUAAGAUGUCCAUGUAGAUGUACUGAUCUAUAACUCUUGCACAGUUAAUUGCCUUAGCUAAAAUGUUGAACAGCACAAAAAGUGUCAUAUAUUUUAUUGUUAUUAGUUCUUUUGUGUAUAGAAUAUUUUUGUAUAAUAGAUUUUAUUUUAUAGGUGUAAAUAAUAUUGUAUAUUAAUUUGUUUUUCACGAAACCCAUCUGUUGUGUAGAAUUUUUUAAUGCAAGGAGAAAAGUUCUCCAUCAGAAGUUUUGUAUAUUCUACUUAAAUCAUACAAAUUUUAGUUAUUUUGCUAUUCACUUUAUUUUUUUAUUUUUUUAUCAUUGAGAUACUGCUCAGGAAUAUAAGUUCCAGAACAUUAAUUAUCAAUUGCAAAGAUUUUGAUUGCAAAUGACAUUUAUUAUUCAUCAUAAUUUGUCAUAUAAAGUGCUUGUAUAACUUCCUCUACAUAUAAAAGCAAAGAUAACUGAAUAUUUUUUUUUGCUAGUCAGUACUUCAUGUAGUACUGAAAAGUACAAGAUAUUAAAUGAGGCAUCAAGGAACACAGUGGCAUGUGACUGAAAAUUCAGUAAGCUGAUACAUUGUAUGUUCAAAGAGCCAAAUUUUAAUAUCAAAAUACAGAAAUGCAGAAACUUACUUCGGACAGAGCUUGCAAAGUCAUUUACAGCAGGGUUUCAUUGUACAUGUGUAUUAAAUUGCAUUAGAACAUAUUAGUAUAUUAAUGCUCUUAAUGGUAAGGUCCAGCAGCCAAUGAUAUGUAAUUGAGCUUGGUGAUAAUGA